AUGGAGCGUGGUCGCGGUAGAUACCGGAGAGGUGGCGGCGGCGGCGGCGGCGGCGGGAGGAGGAGGCCGGGCGGAGACCGACGCGCCGGACCUGACAGGGAAACCGCGCACUUAGCAAGAACUCACAAGGGAGCAGGAGCAACCCCCGGGGCUCCCGAACCCGAGAGGAAGGAGGGGGGUGACGGUUUAGAGCCCCAGGAAGAGAAUGACCCUUCUUCAGGAUUCUCAAGGAGAAAAAUCCUUUCCAAUUGGGAUCGCUAUGAGCAAGCAGACAAAGAGCCGGAGAGCAAAGUGCUGCAAAGAGGAACAGAUUACAGCGUGCUUCUCAGCUCGGCAGGAGAUUCCUUCACCCAGUUCCGUUUGGCUGACGAGAGAGAAUGGGAAGCAGAGAAUCCUUGCAAUAAACAGGUUCUGGCUGUAUUUCUGGAUUCCAGAGCGCUGCUGAAGACCCUGCAGGAGCUGCCGCUGUACAUCCGCCUGAAUGUGGAUGGCGACCUGGUCCAGGAAGAGGUUCCUCAAGAAGUCCCUCAGUUGAAGGUAAAGAACUCUUCCAGCUCAGCUCCAACUAUUGCUAGUCAAGUAGCUAAAGGGGCAUCUGUGGGCUCCACGCAAGAAGAGUCACUUCCCCUGCCGAACCCAGGCAAAGAUCACCGGACGACAACCACCCAGGAUCCCACUUUGUCCGCACUCGACGAGGAUCUGGAAUUUCUCCUGGGUCUGGAAGCUCCGCUCACAGCAGAGGCAAGCAGUCAACCCACUGUGGGAGCAGAACGUGAGAAGAAUGACCUGCAGGCGACACCUGAAGGACCCGGCAUUGCUCUGAUGGAAGUUGUCGGUUCAGUUGCUGAGGAGAAGCAGACAGAGAUGACUGAAGAAGAUCUCGAAGACUGGUUGGACAGCAUGAUCUCCUAACCUGGCGCGAGACAUGCAAAUUGCCUACAGCGACGUGUCGUGACACCGCCGGGAAGGACGUUUAAGCCAAGUGCCGAAAGGGAGCCAUCCCAUGAUAUUGGGCACGGACCGUUGUCAUGAGUAUGUCAGAGGGAAUGUCCUGUGUUAGGUAGGGAAGUAAAAUGUAUGACGAUUGUGUAUUCAGCAUCAUUUGCGAGAAUAAAGGCGUGCUUCUCUUGA